AUGACCCCCAGUUGGUUACAUGGGAGAUUCCACGAGCUGGCUCCUCACCUAGUACCACUGGACUACACCAACCAGCCUGACAUUAGACUCCCCCUGGCGCUCAUCGUCAGCAUGCCAGAACUAAAGGAGAACCCGUUCAGAAACCGCAUGGUGGAAGUCUUCUCUGAGGACGGACAAGGCAACUUGAGCUUCAAUGACUUUGUAGACAUGUUCUCUGCUCUCUGCGAAACGGCCCCACGAGAACUGAAGACCAUAUAUGCUUUUAAAAUCUAUGAUUUUAACGUGGAUAACUUCCUGUGUAAGGAGGAUCUGGAGAAGACGUUGAACCGGCUGACUAAAGGAGAGCUGACCCCUGAAGAGGUCAAUCUGGUCUGUAGCAAGGCCAUGGAGGAGGCUGACCUCGACGGGGACAGCAAGCUCUCCUUCUCGGACUUCGAGAACAUGAUCUCUAAAGCUCCAGACUUUCUAAGCACGUUCCACCUACGGAUCUGAGAUGAGGUGAUUCAGCCAUUCCCAUGAUGAGGCUUUAGACAACGACGGAAGAGGGGGGGGGAAGAUGAAGAAGAAGAAGAAUGUGGUCGCUUUCUGGUUCGUCUGAUGACGUCAUCCCCGAAGACUCCUCCCAGAGUCUCUGUGGCCCCGACCCACAGCAGAAUGACCCCUGACCUCAACCUCAGUACAGCAUAGUGCCUACCAAAAAAAAAAACGUUAGACUUGGGGAAAGACAAGACUUCUCUACUAUCUUCGAUCGAUGUUUGUACAAAAUAUAACAUUGAGAGAGAUAAUAAAGGAAGUGGAACAAAAGUUUGGCUUCGGCUGCAGGAAAAUGGACCCGGGGGGAUUUUAUUCUCGGAAGCACAGGCCCUUUUUUUUGCCAACUCAUGUUCUAUAGGAAGGACGUUAUCGACCACAAGACAUUUCCAUUUUUCGGAAGAGAAGAUCAUUAAAUGCAUGAUUGUUUUCUCUUAUAAUCAAUUGUAAAACUUGUUUAAAAGAUGGAACCACAAACAGACUCCAAAUGGAGAUAGAAAAUGACCCGAUGAACAACGAGGGGCUAAUGUUGAUACCUGUAGGGCUUAGCUACAACACAACCUAUGAGCAGUUUUCUAGAAGAUGUAGGGCUUAGCUACAACACAACCUAGAAGCAGUUUUCUAGAAGAUGUAGGGCUUAGCUACAACACAACCUAGAAGCAGUUUUC